CGAGCGAGAGCCCGGGGGGAGAGGGACACGCGCGCGCGCACACACACACACACACACACACGCACACGCACACACACAGAGUGAAAAAGGCGAGCCACCAAAACCCAUCUCCAGUCUCCUCCCGGGGGCCCCCGGCCCGCCACUGUGCCACUUUGCAUCCCACGCCAGAGGAGACAUUAAGGAGACCCGGUAAGGCUUUUUAACCAGUCUGUGGUGUAAAGACACACUUCCAGAGGAUCCUUAGAAGCCUUGGACAAGCUUACCCUUAUGUGGCAGGUGCUGUGCCGGCGACUGGUAACCCAAAGAUGAUGAUAAAUAAGUUCCUGUCCAGAAGGAGCUAGCGAUCCACUGGGGAUUCCUCUUGCUGAUGACACAAUUCCUGUGUGAAUCUGUUUACAAGAUUCUGAAAGCUGAACAGAGAACUUUGGCACUGCACUGGGUAGGAAAAAGCAUUGCAAGAAAUAGAUAACAUCAAGAAGGACAUCAGGAGUAGGAGAAAUUGGCCUGGGAGGCUCAGCAGGAGCCGUAUGUUUCCUUGAGCUCUCGGGCUGUUUUAGUCAGUGGUCUUUAACCAAAUAGUAAGAAGGAACACUUUAUCGUUCCAGGAGCGCUCUUCAUGGUCACACAGAAAUGAUGUCUUCCAAGCGACCAGCCUCUCCGUAUGGGGAAGCAGAUGGAGAGGUAGCCAUGGUGACAAGCAGACAGAAAGUGGAAGAAGAGGAGAGUGACGGGCUCCCAGCCUUUCACCUUCCCUUGCAUGUGAGUUUUCCCAACAAGCCUCACUCUGAGGAAUUUCAGCCAGUUUCUCUGCUGACGCAAGAGACUUGUGGCCAUAGGACCCCCACCUCUCAGCACAAUACAAUGGAAGUUGAUGGCAAUAAAGUUAUGUCUUCAUUUGCCCCACACAACUCAUCUACCUCACCUCAGAAAGCAGAAGAAGGUGGGAGGCAGAGUGGUGAGUCCUUGUCGAGCACGGCCCUGGGAACUCCCGAACGGCGCAAAGGCAGCUUAGCUGACGUUGUUGACACCUUGAAGCAGAGGAAAAUGGAAGAGCUCAUCAAAAAUGAGCCAGAAGGUAAAGAAACCCCCAGUAUUGAAAAGCUCCUCUCAAAGGACUGGAAAGACAAACUUCUUGCAAUGGGAUCAGGGAACUUUGGUGAAAUAAAAGGGACUCCUGAAAGCCUAGCUGAGAAAGAGAGGCAGCUCAUGGGUAUGAUCAAUCAACUGACCAGUCUGCGAGAGCAGCUAUUGGCUGCCCACGAUGAGCAGAAGAAACUGGCUGCAUCUCAGAUUGAGAAACAGCGCCAGCAAAUGGAGCUGGCCAAACAGCAACAAGAACAGAUUGCAAGACAGCAGCAGCAGCUCCUGCAGCAACAACACAAAAUCAAUUUGCUUCAGCAACAGAUCCAGCAGGUUCAAGGUCAACUGCCGCCAUUAAUGAUUCCCGUGUUCCCUCCUGAUCAACGGACACUGGCUGCAGCUGCCCAGCAAGGAUUCCUUCUUCCUCCAGGCUUCAGCUAUAAGGCUGGAUGUAGUGACCCUUACCCUGUUCAGCUGAUCCCAACUACCAUGGCAGCUGCCGCUGCAGCAGCACCAGGCUUAGGCCCGCUCCAACUGCAGCAGUUAUAUGCUGCCCAGCUAGCUGCAAUGCAGGUAUCUCCAGGAGGAAAGCUCCCAGGCAUUCCCCAAAGCAACCUCGGUGCUGCUGUAUCUCCUACCAGCAUUCACACAGACAAGAGCACAAACAGCCCACCACCCAAAAGCAAGGAUGAAGUGGCACAGCCACUGAACCUAUCAGCUAAACCCAAGACCUCUGAUGGCAAAUCACCCACAUCACCCACCUCUCCCCAUAUGCCAGCUCUGAGAAUAAACAGUGGGGCAGGCCCCCUCAAAGCCUCUGUCCCAGCAGCAUUAGCUAGUCCUUCAGCCAGAGUUAGCACAAUAGGUUAUUUAAAUGACCAUGAUGCUGUCACCAAGGCAAUCCAAGAAGCUCGGCAGAUGAAGGAGCAGCUUCGGCGGGAGCAACAGGUGCUUGAUGGGAAGGUGGCUGUUGUGAAUAGUCUAGGUCUCAAUAACUGCCGGACAGAAAAGGAAAAAACAACACUGGAGAGUCUGACUCAGCAACUGGCAGUUAAACAGAAUGAAGAAGGAAAAUUUAGCCAUGCCAUGAUGGAUUUCAAUAUGAGUGGAGAUUCUGAUGGAAGUGCUGGAGUCUCAGAGUCAAGAAUUUAUAGAGAAUCCAGAGGGCGUGGUAGCAAUGAACCCCACAUAAAGCGUCCAAUGAAUGCCUUCAUGGUGUGGGCUAAAGAUGAGCGAAGGAAAAUCCUUCAAGCCUUUCCUGACAUGCACAACUCCAACAUCAGCAAGAUAUUGGGAUCUCGCUGGAAAGCUAUGACAAACCUAGAGAAACAGCCAUAUUAUGAGGAGCAAGCCCGUCUCAGCAAACAGCACCUGGAGAAGUACCCUGACUACAAAUACAAGCCCAGGCCAAAGCGCACCUGCCUUGUGGAUGGCAAAAAGCUGCGCAUCGGUGAAUACAAGGCAAUCAUGCGGAAUAGGCGGCAGGAAAUGCGGCAAUACUUCAAUGUUGGGCAACAAGCACAGAUCCCCAUCGCCACUGCUGGUGUGGUAUACCCUGGAGCCAUCGCCAUGGCUGGAAUGCCCUCCCCUCACCUGCCCUCAGAGCACUCAAGCGUGUCUAGCAGCCCCGAGCCUGGGAUGCCCGUUAUCCAGAGCACUUAUGGUGUGAAAGGAGAGGAGCCACAUAUCAAAGAAGAGAUACAGGCUGAGGACAUCAACGGAGAAAUUUAUGAUGAGUUCGAUGAGGAAGAAGAUGAUCCAGAUGUAGAUUAUGGGAGUGACAGUGAAAACCAUAUUGCAGGACAAGCCAACUGAUAAGGGUCAAAAAAUGGUUGUGACCUUAGGACUUAAAGAAGCCCUAGCUGGUUCAUCCUUACCAGUGGCCAAGCACAUUAACUUUCUCAUACACUGACUGUUACUUUAACUGUUAGUCUUAAAUAGUUGGGACAUCAGCUGACUAAUAGACCUCAGCCUCAAAAGGCUUGGAAAGGAAAAAAAAAUACAAGCAAACAACAAUAUCAACAACAAGAGAUUGAAAUAAGCUAUGGGUAAAAUAAUGCCAGUAAUUCAGCUGCUACAUCCAAGCACUGAAGUCUUACCCGUCAACUUUUUUUUUUUUUUAAUAAACUUUAUGGCUGUUUGUUCUACAAUGUUCUAGAAAUUCUCACUCAGGUACACAGUGCCAACAAGUGGCUUGUGAAUGUGUUUUGUUGUUUUGUGCUACAAUUUUUAAAAAGAAAUAAGUUUUGUUUUGUUUUUUGGGGCUUCUGGGUUUUUUCCUUUUCCUUUCCUUUCCUUUUUUUUUUCCUUUUUUUUUUCUUUUCUUUUUUUUUUUUUUUUGUAAUGCACCUGACAGAAAAAAAGAAAGAUGAAUUUCUCUUUACUUCUCUCCACCUUCUCCAUCUCUAUACUUUAAAGAUGGAAGUCUGUGCAUGGGGGGGAAGAGGGAAAAAGAGCCUGUUUUUAACUUCCUUGCUAUCCACCACAAAAUAAGCAAUUAUUUUCUUCAGAGGACUUUCUUUGUCUAUUGCACACCACACUACAUCUUUGAGCAAGUGCCAAAUUUGUACUGAAGUGUUGACCCAGUUCCUUUUUUUUCCUUUCCUUUUUCCUGUUCCUUCUUAAGUUAGGACAGUGUUAUAUCUUAGACAAUCCCUUGGAAAACCUGAAAUACCAGCAGCUGGUGAGAUUUGACUUUUUUUUUUUUUAAUGGAAACUGUAGGUGCUGUUCUCAGGUGAAAAGAGAGAGAGAGAGAGAGAGAGACAUAAGAAAUUUAGAGAAAAAAUAUUUUCUGAUCUUGGAUUUUUGUGUGUAUGUAUGUGUGUGAUUAUGGUACUAAUAGGAAUAACAUUGAACCAUUGUGAGUUAAACCCACAUCUGGGGAUGAAAUCCCACAUCCUCCUAAGUGACUGGUCUGGAAGCAACCUUGACCUUGACUUUGCACUUCAAAUGACAACCAAGAUAGGGCUCAGAAAUUAUAUUUUUAAAUUUCUAAUAUGAUUAUUGGAUGGAUUGGGCAGCCCUGUGUAAUAGAGGUGUGCACGUAUAACAUGGAAGCUACUAGCAAACUGUUCCCAGAUGUCCCUUCUUCCUGAUCAGUUGGUUCCACUAAUGUUUGCUACUUAAUGAUUUCUGUUUGUUUUUCCUAUUGAUAACUUCGAGCAAAACAAUCAUUGUUUUCCUUGAAUAUAUUUGGCCAUUUUCCAGGAACACAGAAUUAGCUUAUUUCUUCAACAUUCCAUCCUUUCCUGAUCAGGAAAUGGAACUGAUGAUUUUAUAAGGUAUUUUUCAUCUCUCCAUGAAAUGAGGCAGAGGCCAUUUGCAUUUCACAAUUUUGGGCCAUGUGCAUCCCAUACCAUAAAGAGCAGGAUUUGAUUAAAAGUCAUUGCAGCCCAACAAAAUGGAGCCGGGCUGAACCUAGUGAGCGUCGCUACGACUCUUCACUCGCUGUAAGAGGAAUCCACUGAAGGCCAAUUUUUGGUUCCAGCAGAGUAUGUGCAUAGAGCGACAACUGAUGGUGACAGAACCGCUUGUUUAGAUUUUGCCAACCAAAUGCCACGACAGUUAUAGGGCUUGUACAAAUAAACGCAAAAUCGUUUAAAGUCAAUUGCCAUUAUUUGUGCUGAGGCAUCAGACAGUAAAUACUCCAACCAGGAGCUUGGAUGUGCUAUGGUUUUCACUCCAGUCAUCAUUUUGCUAUCUCACCCCUCAAACCUGACCCAAAAGUUUGAUUUUUACAUAUAAAUAAGAAAAAGAAUCCUUUUUAUUUUUCUCUCUCUCAAAAGACUUGCUCUGGGGUUUUGCUUGGAGGAGCUGAUCAUAUCUUGCAUGUCAGAGAUUUUGUUUUGUUUUUCUGUUUGUUUUUGAUGACUGUAUUUUCAUUUGAACUGCCUCUUUUUGCUAGUGUUGUAAUGAUGAUGAUGAUAAAAUAAUAAUAAUAAUAAUAGUAAUAAUAAUAAUAAUGGUCAGCUGUUCCCAGAUUAGUAAGUUAUGUAUAAUUUAUUUCUCCCUCUCUAUUUUAUUCUCCUCUGAUUUGGAAGUACAGCCAAUAAGCUGUUAGAUAUUUAAAACAAAUUCCCAUCUUCCAACUCAUUUAUAUAUAUAUAUUUAUACACACACACACACACACACACACACAUUCACCCACACAAUUUUACUUCUCCUUCAGUACAUUUUCUCCUUUUUAAAAAUUUGGCCCCAACAACGUCAAGUUCUGGUGUUUCAUACAAAGGAGUGAAUAGGAGGGUCGUGUUCAAUCUUAAUUAACUUAUGCUCUCAUCACUCAUUUUAGUUAUGUAAUUGCCACAGUCAUCUAGAGCCAUUUUUUUUGUUUUUGUUUGUUGUUUUUAAGCACUCUGGAUAAGGAAAAAAAUAGACACUCGUUUUAUAUCGUUAUUAUGUACAAUGUGAAAACAGAUUUUUAAAAAUUUGUUCUUCGUCUUUGUUAACAAAUUCUUAUGUGGGUUCACCUCUCACGUUUGCUGGAUACUUAUUUUACACCACGUUAUAAAGAUGCUUUGUUUUCAUUUCAUUUCUUUGGGCUACAAGAAUACUUUGUUUUAGCUCCAGGUAGAUGCCACUGAGGGCAAUCACAGCUGAAACCAAUUCUAACACACUUACCAGUGAGUUGACAAAACACUUCUGUGUGGUCUUUUUUUGUUCGUUUUUUAUUCUGUUUUAUUUGAAGGGGAAAAUGAAAUUGUUAAUGGUGACCUUUAACUGCUGAAAUUCAGAAGUUAAUUUUAUUUAGUUAGGUUUAUGUCAGAGAGACUACACCAUGGUGGACUAAAACAGGAAGUCCAGAGCCUUGUGUUCUGUUCUCUUGUUCUGACAUAGGAUUCGCUGGCUGUCGCAAUUUCUUUGCCUUGGUUUUCCCCAAAAGAAAACGAAACAAAAUUAUGUUGAUGUUUAAAGUGCUUUGAUGUCCUUUGAUAAAAGGUGCUAUGAAUAGCAACUUACUGUGUUAACACAUUGCCUUUUUGGCAUUUGAUUGGUUUAUCAUUUUUAUAAAGGAUCCUAAAACCUUGUAUUCUUUUUCUGUGCCCCAUGAUGAUCAAAAAAGCUAAAGUUGAGGAAAUGAGAGGAAGAUCAAACUGAAAUGAAGCUAACAUUUCCCUACUCUAUCCUUUCCUACCUCCCCGUUCAUAUAUCCCUUCUCAUUCUCCCUCUCUCUUGCUCCCUUUCUCUCUCCCUCUCUCUCACACACACAAACGCAUACACACAUGCAUACACACACACACGCACACAUGCACACACUCACCCCAGUACUGAGGAAUAAUCUUGCCUGAAUUCUGAUUUAUGGCUAUUGUGAUCAAUUCAUCUAAAAAUAGUCAUGUUUUAAAAUGAAUCCAAGAGAAUAUCACUGGAGAAAAUAGGUUCAAGUUGCUUAUUUACAAGAUACUACUAAUUUGGCUGGAUAAAAUACAAAUACUUUGGCUUGGCAAUUGGAUAAAAUACAAAACUGUUCUUCAGUACAUUUGUACCUAAAUUACUUAAGUCAAUUUUUUACAUUUAUUUGGCAUAUGCAUUUAAAAGUUAACCAUAUAUAAAAUCCCUCCCAAAGAUCAUAACUAUUAUUGAAACCAAACCCUCUUAUAAGGAACAAAUAUAAAAGAGUUGUCUUUGAUGAAAUUAUUUCAUAGAUUUGAUUUUGGAGUAGACUUUUACCUUAAUUCAUUUAAAGAAAGUUAUCUUUAACUAUUUUGUGGUCCCAAUUUCAGAUAUUUUCUUAAUCCAGAAGUUGUUACUGUUUCCAGAAGAAAUCUCUUAUAUCACAUUUAAAACAUCAAAAGUAAUUACAUUUUCAUUCAUUCUAAUGGGUAAAUUAUUGAAUUGUAAUAAACAACUGUAUAUUUGCAAACAGGUUUAUAAAAUAUUUGUCUAUCAAGUUAAUAGUAAAAUAAAAAUUAUGGGGUCUGCAAGGAAAAUUAUGAAGCCCACUUAAAGUGGUUCAGAUAUCUCUUUGUCGUAUAGGGCAUAAGUUUUUGUUUAGACAGGCUUUUACAGUAUUUAAUUUUAAAGUUUCCUAUAACUAUCAGUUUCCCAAGUUGAAGAUGAUGUUGUGUUAAGUUUUCUACUGAUUGAUUCCUGUUCUCCCCAGUGUGUCUGUCACUGGUUCACUAAAACAGUAUUUAUACAGCUCCACUGGCUCUAAAGCUCUUAGUCCGUCUAACAUUUUGGAUUUUAUGAGUAAAAAUGGGGAAAAAAAGUAGAAAAGAGACAAUCAAAUGCCUGGAGCUUAAAACAAAGUAUGUGCAACCUACCAUCUCACUUGAAAUUUAAUAAAAUAAAUAAUUAUGUAAAUAUAACAUAGAGUUAUAGAUUUAUAUUUUGUUCAUAACACAUAGUGUAAUAUAAGUUGUAUAUUUUCAUGUUUUUGGUUUUAUGUUACCAUUCAUGCCACAAUAAAAACAGGAGUUUAUGUACUCUUAAAAAAAAAAGAUGUGGGUUGCCACCAACCUGUUUUUUUUUGUUUGUUUUUUGUUUUUUUGUUUUUGCAUUCUCUUUUUUUCAGUAUUACUGCCAUGCAAGGCACCAAUAAAAACAGCAAAUGUGUUCUUUACCUAUUA